AUGAAUAGAGAUAAAUUAGAAAAGGAGAGACUAAUGCAAAGGAAUGAAAAGCAUAUCAAAAAUUACGUCACUGAUAAUGUAAUAAAAGAUAUAAAGUGCAAAGAUGACGACAAGUUGUACUUAAGGAAGGAUGAGGCAGCCUAUGAAAACUACAAAAUCAGAGAGAAGGAAAAAAUAAAUUCAUAUAUUAGAAUAGAAAAUAGGAGGAGGGAAAACCUUUGCAGGAACGAGAACAGAUGGCAAAUGGCAGAACUCAAAGCUCAAAAAGAAGUAGACAAAACAAAUAGAUUACAGCAAAUGCCUUUUAAAAGCGAAAAAAAUAAGUCUAAGUGCAAUCAUGACAUUAUAAAUCAUGAAUACACAAAUUAUGAAGAGUCUAUCAAAUUAGAAAAAAAAAAAAAUAUUUGUGCAAAUAAAAGAAGGGACUUCUUGACUGAAAGGAUGAGCGGCUCGUACAACCCAAUUACCGGUGAGAAGAGGAGCUGA